AUGGGUAACACAGAAUCUAUUCUUGAUGCGACUUCAGCUCAUCAAGCUGAUCGUGAUAAAGAUUCUGGUCUGCUUGAUCAGUUCCUAAAGGAUUUUAACCCCGAAUCAAGAAAAGCCGCUCUGGAAACAAAACAAGAAGAUGGCAACGACUUUGCCACUCGUCUCAUCAUCGCUGCUCGUGAUGGAAAACUGGGUUUCGUAAAGGUUCUUUUACGUUAUGAAGCGAACAUCGAGGCCCGUGGAACAAUUAAGAUUGACGGAGAAGUUAUACUGGAUUGUACAGCUUUAUGGAUCGCUGCUGCUAAAGGUCAUUUUGAUGUUGUGAGACUCUUGAUCAAACAAAACGCUGAAGUCGACUGCAGAAUAUCGAGCAAUUCGACUCCGUUGAGAGCUGCUGCCUUCGGUGGAUACCUUGAUAUUGUGCGCUGUUUGGUUGAGAACGGGGCCGAUGUAAAUGCACACGCUUGUGGCAACAGUACUCCUUUGAUGACAACAUGUCACAGCGGCCACCUGGAUGUUGCUUCCUAUCUUCUCAAACACGGCGCACACAUAAAUCUGCAGGACAACGAUGAACGCUCGUGUCUUCAUUAUGCUUCGAAACAGGGUCACGUUCAGCUAGUUUGUGAGUUGCUCGCUUCAGGAGCAAAACAAACACGAAAUCUUAACCGUUUAACACCACUUCUUGAAGCCAGUAAUAAUUGUAAAAUUGAAAUGGUGGAGUGGUUCAUCAACCGAUCAGAAUGUUCAAAGGAACAGAGAAUUGAUGCUCUUGAGCUUCUAGGGGCCACUAUUGCUAAUGAUCCUCAUGCUUAUGACAUUGAAAAAGC